AUGGCGGAUCUAAUAGCGGCCGGGCUCCAAUCGGGAUGCAAUGAGCGGAGAAGGCCCGCAACACCCGAAACAUGGGGACAAGACAUGGAAGUCCCGGACAUAAUGUUGAAAGGAGUCUUUCGGUGGUCAAAGUCCAAAUCGCUGGGGUUUGCCGCCUCGCUAAACGAAGCUAUUAUGAUCUCAGGGGUGACGAAAUUCGGUCCCCUGGACGAGAAGUCGGCCAUGACUGGAGCUGGUUUCUUAUUAAGCAGAAUCACGGCCGUCCGUGUAACUGAUGUGUGUGGCUGGUAUAAGAUGAGGGUCUUCUGUGAUAUGAGCCCCAUCCAUCUUGUCAUUGGCUAG